UUGGGGAUGUUUGCUGUGGUGAUUGCUGAUAAGCCCAGAUGCACCAUAGGCGAGACCAAGCGAGAUGAAUGUGCGAUUUGCGAUUGUUUGCGUUUACAAGAUGGAAGCAUUGACUGGUAUUGCACUCAGUAUGAUUGUUACAAUCCUCACGAUGAGCUCUUAAGGAAAGCCACUACGUGCAAAAUAGGCGAAACCAAGCAUGAAAACUGUGCGUUAUGCGAAUGCAUGACCUUCCAAAAUGGAAUCACCGACUGGUUUUGCACGCAAGCAGAUUGUCAUUUUGAUGAACGUUCGAAGAGAAGCUCCCCAACUGAUACAGCUAACGGAGAGUGUAGUGAAGGCGAAACGAAAACGGAGAAGUGCCGUACCUGUAAAUGCAUCAAUAAUGAAACAAAGACACGAACCAUGUGGACUUGUUACGACUUAUGUUUUCCAUGAAGACAAUCCAUGAAGUUUUGAAGAAUUCGCCCAUUACCAUAACAACUAUUUAUUACACCCUCACCUUCAU